UAUGAAGACCCAUCUGCGGACGCACACCGGUGAACGGCCUUAUGCUUGCGAAUUUUGUGGUAAAGGCUUCACCGUACGCAGCGUUAUGAUGAAUCAUGUACGAGCAAUUCACACCAAGGAAAGGCCGUUUAAGUGCGAAAAGUGUGGCCAAGGCUACCCGUCCACCCCGGCUCUACCUAAUUCGCGUAUCGUUCCGGCACGUGCUUCGUGCGCCCCAGCCACAACCACCGGCAGUUACCUCAGCUGGAAAUACAUCCGAGUUCCUUGUCCGGCUGGCAGAUUCCUCAUUCCAAUGCUCGCUAUGCGGUUACGUCUCAGCGAACUCAUCCAACGUCAUUCGACAUAUUCGAGUGCAUACAGGCGAGAAGCCGUUUGCGUGCAGCUUCUGUGGGAAGGCGUUUACCCAGAAAGGCGCUAUGCAGAAACAUGAGAGAAGCCAUGAGCGGGCGGCAUUUCAAGAAGUCGCAACUGAAACGUGCGAGCUAAGGGCUAACCAGGCCAGUGAAAUCGCGCAAAAAGAACAACGGCACCAACAAGAGCAGCAACAGUCCACGGAGAGCGACAUUGAUAGCAAAUCAGACCGAGGCCCUAGCCCGGCCGCCGACCCUACAGCCCCUACAAUCAUGCCAGUAAUGGAUGCGUUUUUAUCAGCGGCAAAACUAAAGUCGUUCAUCGUCGUCCAGGACUCGUUCAGAAGUGUCAAAUGUGUCUAUGCCAAAAUGGUCAUUGAAGUGCCCGAUGGCAGAAUUGAUUCGAUUUUGGCCACGAAACUCGCUGGCCGGCCAUAUAACAAUCACUGGGGCCUUCAGAGUAGUUAUUUGCUGACACGGCGUGGCAGGCCUCCGCGAGAUAUCAAUUUCCCCGUAGCCAUUGAAGAGAAUCCCGACCUGCAUUCGGAGCAACGUCGGGUCUAUCGAUGCACGAUGUGUCACUACAGCACAGCGGUAAAGGGCAGUAUGGAAACACAUGUUCGGAGGCACACAGGCGAGAAGCCGUUCGAAUGUGGCGCGUGCGGGAGGGCAUUCGCGCAGCGUGGGAUCCUUUAUCGACACUUUCGGGAAGUGCAUCAGAACGUCAAGCGCCAUGGGCGUUUCGAAGACUUUAUGUCCUACAAGAUCAUAUCGCUGAUAGAUGUAUCUGUUUGUGGCGGACGCCAGGAUAAGGCGAUACAAAACAGAGAAAACAGUAAUUUACUGAAACUUAGAUUAUACACAGUAGAAGUGUCCUCGUCCUCGUCGAAUCUUGGUUUUUUCCGCCUUGGUGACGAGAGUCCGCCUGAACGGUCGCGAAAAUCAUCCAAUCGAAAAUAUGAACUUUCACCACAUUUCCGCGUUGUCGACGAAGAGUCAGUCGAUUCGAUUCUCCCGUCGUUUGAGGACGCCGACCACUACUCGUACGACCCUGUUAAUAGGAUGCACUCGUGCAAAUACUGUCCGUACACGAGUCCCCAACGAGGACAUAUGACUUGCCACGUACGGACACAUACUGGGGAAAAGCCCUUUAAGUGUACCCUUUGCGGCAAAUCCUUUUCGCAGAAAAGCAUUCUCACACGCCAUUUGAAGCUCACUCACAAGAUGCCUGUGAGCGCCGAUACGCCGGCGCUUCUUUGGUAUAUGGAAACGACCGCCGUGACAUCGACAUUUCUCGAAUCUGUAGCAUCUCUUGAAUCUGUGGUCAGCAACGUUCCCCCGGAAGCCUCUUCGUGCAGCUGGUCGGCUUCGCCCGAAGAGGAACUAUUCUAUCGAGUUGGCGCCCAGUUUCGUUGUUUUCUCUGCAUGUACGUGUCAAAGAAGCGGCUGCACAUGACUGACCACGUACGCACCCAUACUGGAGCUAAACCCUUUGGCUGUGUGAUGUGUGGUAAGAAUUUCCGCACGAAAAGCAUGUUGACCUGGCACAUCCGUAAUGUUCACCGACUACACUGCCUAAAGUUGCAGCCCGAAACGCGAAGUUCGAGAAAAUGAAGCCUCAAGUAAAUGUCAACUGACACAAGCUGAGAUGGUAGGAGAGUCCGAUCAGCUUCCAGAGUGAGCGUCAGAAAGCAAUAAGCCUACAUUUUGAAUUCGACCUGCUGCGACGUCGAUUUCUUCAAGUAGCGCAAUGACAGGCGCAAAUCUUGUUGUACCUAGAUAGGACCGUUUGUAAAAUGCCCUUCAUAGCCGUCCUCGUCUUCAACGCGAAGAUCUGCCGAGGCUUCGGAGGUUAAACAAACAUAUUUGUGUUUUGAGACCAAGUAACAGUGGCUUAUCAAACUGCUGGCAUUAAUCUGUAGCCGAAACUAAUUCCCAUAUCGGUAAAACCAGAUUAUAAAAGAAAAUACACUUGGAAAAGACUAAAAUUAAAAUCUUUUUUUUUUUUUUGAAAAGUUAAAAGGUUCGCCCGAUGCGGACGUUCAGCAACAGUACAUUUCACUUUAUUAAAGGCAAAAUAUAAUCUAUCUCAGAAGAUGGUUUCUAUGUAGGGGCAAUGCGUUUAUUGGACCCGUUUUAGUCUCUAAUUGGAAACAGCCGCAAGGAGAACUUCAACAAUUACCGAUGCCAUACAUCAAAAAGCUGGGCGUAUUCUUGAGAAUAGUCCAGCGACGAGCGGUAUCCUUCUUACUAGAACACCUUUUGCCAUGGUCUCUUAUUGUUUUGGAUUGUUUGUGUAUAGAGUUGUACAUGCAUGCGUGCACUAAUUGUUGUAUUCCAGCCACAGGACAGCUGCAAACGAGUCCGGCAGACCGAUUUUCGGCAUGUCGUCGUUGUCGUACUCGAGCAUCUAUUGCCGAUGUAUAAAGUCCUCAGUAUUGGGGUACUAUUAGUAGCAAAGAACAGUGCAAUGAAAAUCAUAGGUCAGACCCACAACACAUCUUUCAUUCGAUACUACAUACUAACCUAUUGUAGCCAUGCCUUAGAAUCAAACCUGUGUGGCAACUGGGGUUCGCAAAUAGAAAAACAAAAAAAAGCAAGCAAUUUGUCGAUUAUAUUGCAUCUUUGUACAAACGUUUUUCGUUGUAUACAAUAGAAUUACAACUAUAUGAAAUUUACCGUAUGCACUAAUGUAUACAGAUAAGCAUGUACGAUAUUAAAUGAACAUAAUAAAUCCGGCCCGUUACAGGGCGCAUUGUAAUAUAGAAGAGAGCGAAAUAUAUAUCUAUAUUGGACC